AUGGCAAGAAAGGCCAGCUACACCACGUUGGCUCUUUUCAUAGUCACAUUCAAUAUUACUUCCUUGAAGAAAGUCAGGAGUGAUUCAAAUCAUGUCAAAUUCGAUGCUCUGGAUCCGCUAUUACACCCUCCGAUGCCGUCUCCGUCUCCAACCACCCCGUGGGCUGUGUCAGAAAUCGCAGCUACACCUCUUCCGCGGUAUUCAUCAAGUCAAUCCGAGGAUGAUGAUCUUGAUCCAGUAUGGCAACCACUCCCAACAUCAGCUCCAUCCCUUCUUCAACACGAACAAUGCAAUGCUCAGGAGAAAUCUAAGAAGGGUGGCAAAAAGGGCAAACCCCAGAAGAAGAAAUGUGUCGGUAGGUACCAUCAUUCCUUGGCCACAACGGUCAGCGGAGCGGCAGGAACGCUUGGAACUCCCAAAUCGUUUAUCAAGCGACAUGGUACAAUUUUGAAAGCGGGGCCACAAUUUUAUAGACCAGUGGGACCUAAUAUAUAUUGGCUUGGUCUGGAUGAAAAUGAUGGUAGAAAAGUAUCAUAUCCUUCGAAGAAAAGAAUUCGAGAGGCUUUUGCUAUCGCUGCUGCAAUGGGAGCAAACACAGUUAGAUCUAUCACGCUGGGAGUCAGUACUGGUAACCCACUCAGUAUUUGGCCAUCGAAGGGGGAGACCAAUGAAGAUGCUUUUGAUCCAAUCGAUUAUGCCAUCGGGACUGCCAGGCAUUACGGUAUAAGGCAUGAAGCACUCCCCGAUCAUCUCCACACCUCUGAGAAACUGACUUCACCUCUUCACCUUAUCUAUCACGCGUAUCUUAGAUUCUAUCACGGAGGUAAAUACGAUUUCUUGGAAUGGGAGGGCAUCAACUCGGCAGAUCGUGACGCCGAACAGCAUUUCUACACCAACAGAAAAGUUAUAGAUAGUUUCAAAGCAUAUAUCAAGGUGAUCUUGAACCACGUGAAUCAGUACACUGGAAUCGCAUUGAAAGAUGAUCCCACAAUCAUGGCGUGGGAAACAGGAAACGAGCUUGGGGCAUUCAACUUGAAAGAAGGUGCUGCACCUGGUGACUGGACCACUGAAAUUGCAAAUCACAUCAAACGCAUCGACACCAAACAUCUAGUUGUUGAUGGCUCAGAUGGAAUUCGAGACACCGACGGCGACGAAAUAGAUGGGUUAUCUAUUGACCCCAUAGAUAUCGUCACAGAUCACAUGUAUCAUCAUACGCUUUCAAUGUCGUCCGAUAAAGUUCUGGUGAUCGGUGAGUAUGAUUGGACAGGCUCCAAUGGUGGAAUGCCUUUGAGUACAUUCUACAAUCAACUCAGGAAGGCCCACAAUGUUGGUGAUUUCGCCUGGAAUGUGAUGUCUCAUGACGACCAGUGUUGUCGUUUCAUCGCGCAUGAUGAUGGCUAUAGUAUCUAUUAUCCCAAUGGUAAUGCUAAUCUUCUUCAAAGAAGACUUUUGAGGCUUGUUCAGCAUUGUAUGACGGGGAGAGAAUCUCCACAUGUUCUUCCUGCCGUUGCUUGUCCACAGCCAGAAUGGUACUCUGACUCAGAUGAUGACGAGACCGAUUCAUGA